AUAAGAUCACACAUAGGUGGCAGAAAGCAAGCAUCAGGGAUUUAUUUAUAUUUGAAGGAGUCUAUUCUUCAGAGGCCCUAGGUCCUCACUGUGCUCUUCAGCUGGGGAAUCCACUUCCAGUGGCUGAGAACACAAAGUCACAGAGUCACAGAGCACAGCACUACACUUAGUCCCCCAGCCAGUGCAGAAUCCAACAGGAUUGCUGCCUCAUGCUAUUUUAAGCAGUGCUCUGUAGUUGUAGCUUUUUGUUCUCUCUCUCUCUCUCUCUCUCUCUCUCUCCCCCCCUCGGUAUAUGCAAAUUUAAUUGAUUUUCUUACCAGAAGGAACUUUCUCUUGUGAAGUUUAUGCAAAUCUACCAGGUAUGAACUGAUCUCUUGCACACAAACACGAGGUUAAAAAAAGAUUGUCUGGUGCACCCAGCAGCACAGGAUCAGAGAUGCCCUAUGGUCAAGGGAAUCAAAAGACUCUAGUGUCCUGGGUCACUCACUGAUAUCCAAAUUUAACUCAUUCAUGUUAAUGUUAUGUGUGCUGUGUGCUUGGUUUCCCCUUUCCCUUUAAGCCCAGACACUCAAUCACAGCCCAAAGAGAAAUACAAACCCACAUCAAGGGCAAGGAAAUCAUCAGUUUUACAUGUGUUUAAGGAAUUCUCUGAUGUUGAGAAUGAUCUGAAACAAGCUGGGAACCACAAAGCAGAACUUCUUGCAGUGAGUUUCUAGCCUCUUGCUCCUUGUUUUGCUGGCCCAGUCAGGAAAGAGGCCUGUAGGUACCUAACACCUUUCUUCUCAGCUAAGUGUCAAAUGCUGUGGAGUUUAUCAGUCCUGUGAAAACCACAGAUGUUCACAAAGAGAAGACGCAGAGUAUUUCAUACUCAGGUGCUGUUUCCGUUACCUGUGCUAGAAGUCAGUCCUUCCCGUCCAGUAGAGGGGCAUUCCAUGACCCUGACAUGCAAGACCCAGCUCCGGACACAGAGGCCAGAUAACCAGUUCCGCUUCUGCUUCUUUAGUGAUGGCAAGUUUCUUGGGUCAGGCUGCAGCAGCUCCCCAAAGCUUCAGUUCCCUGCCAUAUGGAGGAAAAAUCCAGAGGUUUACUGGUGCAUGGCAGAAGAAACAAUUAACAAGAUCAGAAAGUGGAGCCUGCCAACCAAGAUACCCGUGCAGAGAAUCCCUGUCUCUGACGUGAGCUUGGAGACACGGCCCACUGGGGGAUGGGUGAUGGAGGGAAGCAAACUGGUCCUCAUUUGCUCAGUUGUUAAUGCCACUGGAAACAUAACGUAUCUCUGGUACAGAGGGGCACUGGGUUCGAACCUGGAAACAAAGACACAGCAUUCACUGUCAGCAGAAUUUGAGAUCACUGAAAUGAAGAGAAGGGAUGCUGAGCAGUACUACUGUGCAGCUGACAAUGGCUACGGCCCUGUUCUCAGUGAGCUGGUGAGCAUCGCUGUCAGAGUUCCAGUGUCUCGCCCUGUCCUUACCUUUGGAGAACCUGGAAUCCAGGCUGUGCUGGGGGACCUGGUGGAGCUUCACUGUGAAGCCCUGAGAGGCUCUCCCCCGAUCUUCUACCAGUUCUAUCACGAGAAUGUCAUUCUGGGGAACAGCUCAGCUUCCUCUGGAGGAGGAGCAUCCUUCAACUUGUCCCUGACUGCAGAAAAUUCUGGAAACUACUACUGUGAGGCCAACAAUGGCCAGGGUGCCCAACGCAGUGAGGUGGUGACUCUCAACAUAACAGUGCCCAUUGAGUCUGGAAACAAUCUCACCUCAGGAGUCACUGAGUGGCUGCUUGGCUGUCUUGGCCCCAUCACUAUGGCCCUAAUAUUUUGCUACUGGAUCAAAAGAAAAAUAGGAAGACAGUCGGAUGAUCUACUCAGGAGCCCUCCGAGGCCCGUGCUCCAAGAAUCCAGCUACCUCAACUCACCUGACCCAGAGCAGAUAGAGUGCGUGUACGAGAACGUGAAUGUUGUACGUGGUGAUGAAAUUUACUCACUGGUGUACCAUAUCCAACAGGAGCUGGAACCAGUAGCAGCCCAGCACAUGAAGACGCGUGGGGCCAGGGAGGUCUCCUCUGAAAUCUAUUCUAAGGCAAGAAAGAAAGAUAUUACGUACAUGGACUAUGAAGACACUAUAUAAAAUUAUGUGAACAGCAUCUUUGUAGGCCUGAGGAGUACUCUGAGGAUACUGAGGAAGGAUACCUUGUCAGUACACCUUCCCCACAUGCUUCCUUUUGUGAGAAGGUUCCUUCACCUAUGCAGUGUGAAGUUGGUACAAGUCCUGAAGAAACCACCCGGGAAAAUUGACUUAGAUCCAGAAGCUGGAAGGAUCUGCUUGUUGCCCAUUCACUGUGGGGUGUGACAAAUCGCGUGCUACUCUUUAUUUACAAGAGGAAAGUGGUGUGAUGAAAGCCACUGAGAUUUUGGAGCAGAGGAACUUAGAGUGCACAAAGCCAACAUCAAUGACUUUGCAGGUCUGUUGUGAAUAGAGAGCUAUGCUUCCCCUAUGCACAUGUCCUGUCUACACUUAGAACACCUGAGUCAAUGUACUUUGAGUCAUGGCAUCGAUUUAGAAUUAAAGCACAGUUGGAAAAAAUUUACUGUGACUACACCUAACUUUAGUGACAUAUUUUGGGUGUAUAGGCUAGUCUAAAUCCUCUCGUGAUUUUAUAAUAGUCAUUGAAAGGCUCACCAAGUUCUAAGUUUUGAACUUUGUACAGUAUUUAGACUAAACUUUAUGAAUAUAUUUAAGUACAGUGCUUCUCUUUGAAUUGUCAAACUUUUUAAAUAUAGUCAUUUGGCUCAAAGUCUAUUUUAAUUUUAAAUCAAUUACAUAUUUGCGUUUAUAUAUUAAAACAAUUUAAAAAUAAAGUGAAAAGUAAAGUCUUGGCUAUGAGAUACCACAAAUGACGACUACUGUAAAAACGUAUCCUGUAUUUCUCCAGAUGAUUUCUGCUUGUGCACAAACACUUGAAUAUAAAUAUAGAUAGUCAAAAGUAUAGCUACUCAAGUAGCUGAAACAUGUCCAAGUAUGUGUGUGAGUCUAUUAUACUAUUUCAAAAGACUCUGAAAUAUUCUGUCAUGUGUUUAUAUCAUAAUGGAUGCAUUUUUCCUUUUACAUAGUAAUAAAUAUAUAUAACCUAAAA